AACUGUGGAGUAGGCGGGUACCAUAAAAUGGCGGAAUGUGUUGUUGUGAAGUUUGGCGGGGAUAGAGGUGUCUGUUACGGUGACGAUGGUAACAGUAAUUUGCAAGAUGAAAUGCACAACAGUACAUCAUACCAGACAUUCGGGAUUUACCACGCUGUGUGUAUUGCGUUGUCAAUCGUGACUUACGUCGUUGACGUUGUACUUCAUUGCUGGUUGGCAUACUUUUAUUUAACUCAAGGACAUGGGGCGUAUUUUGCGUAUUUUGGUUUAACAGUAACAUUUUUAGUGGUGCCAGCGCUUAUAUCAACCGCGUUCAGCAUGCGAUGGUACAUAAAUGAUGUGGAUGAACCAUCAUUGCCUAAACCACCACUGUGGAAAUGGGUGGUGAGGAUAAUAAUGCUGCUUCUACAGUUAGCUCCACUACUUAGGUAUUUUGACACAUUGUCAUAUGGAUGCCGGAGUGUGAUUGCUGGGAAGUUGGGAAAUGGGAUCAGACAGCAAAAAUUGUACAGAAUAAUGCUAGAUGAAGACUCUGAUGCUUCCUUGUUAAGACUGUUCCACUGUUUCCUUCAUUCUUUUCCACAAGCAGUACUUCAGCUUAUGAUUCUGCUUUCGGCUGCAAACAUCCAAGAAACAAGCCCAGUUCAAGGUCUCCAGUCUUGGGCUGUUGCGUGCUCUUUAAUAUCUAUUGCCUGGUCACUCACCUCUUACCAUCGAUCUGUAAGGUUUGCCAGAGAUGAUAAAGAAAAAUUGGCAUGGCAAGGAGCUGUGAUGCAGUUUUGCUGGCAUCUGUUGAGUGCAGUGUCACGUGUUCUGGCUUUGAGUCUACUGGCUGCACUCUAUCCUGCCUGGAUGGGGAUGGUCUGCCUGGCUCACUGGAUGGUGAUGUCAGCAUGGCUGGCUCUGAGCCACCAACCUACUGCAGUCUGUACCAGCCGCUGCGAGGAGCUGCUCUUUAGUGCUGCUCUGGGAUUUGCAUAUAUUUUGACUUUUGUGGCCCCACGUGAUGGACCGACUAGAUAUUCGUACCUUGCAUAUUACUUGGUGUUCUUUAUGGAAAACACUGGUGCUCUUGUUGUGUGGUGUGUUUCAAGCAACUCCGCACAAAAUCCUAUCCUGUACUACGGAGCCGUUGUUGUCCAGACAACAGCAUUUCUUCUUGCCAUUUUUUUUAUGCUUACGUAUUAUCGACACUUCCAUCCAAGUGGAACUACUAUCAGGCUCAGCAAAAGCAUUGCUAUUACGGAUCCGGGAACAGAGCUGAAACGUCGGACUACGAACCAAUAAAAAGUUAACAGUUGGUGUUUACUUGUUAUGUGAUCUGAAACUAUGUCACGAAAAUACAGUAUUUAUGUAUAUAAGAUUAACAGAGAUAUAUGUAUACAUAUAUGUAUAUUUUAAAUAUUUGAAUUCUCAAAGCGGAUUGAUAAUUUUGAUAUGGUGAGUUGAAGCACAAUUCAUGUCUGACUGCAACAAAAUUAAGGUUUACAGUUCCUUGUAAAUUAUGAAGAUAAUUGCUUUUGCAUAACCACAUGGAAGCAUUCAUUUUUUAAUACAAAGUAUUGCCUUUUAUGUUCUGCAGUUCUUUGAAGAAAUGAAACAGUGUUAUAUACUUUCAUUUUUCUAACUGAAAUGUAAUCUUUUUCUCAGCUUUUCAAUACUUAUUUUUAGAGGAUCUUUUUCUUUAUUUUUGUAAGCUUUUUUUUAUAGGUGAGGAUACAGUUAAAAUUUUAUAUUAACUUCUGCUCCUUGGAAAGAUUACAAGACUAAAUCAUGGGUAUUUCUAAAAUUAAAUUUGUAUAAACUGUCUUUGAAAAUGCUCUGUGUAGGGGUUUCGUAUCUCAGACACCAAACAUGUGGUAAAGAAAACUUCCAUACUGUAGAGCCUGCCAUGUCAUGCAGGUAUACUGUGGUUAAAGAACAACAUUUUUCUGGUUACCUCGUUAAAGUACCGCUCUUCAACUUGCCAGCUACAUUAGGAAAUGAGAUUGUUGUUCUGUAUAAUCUUACAUUAACACUAUGGUUUCCGUGCCUGAACUUGAUACUGUAUAGUGGUUAUCAGGUGAACAUCAGUAUUACUUCAAAUUUGUAUGUAACUGUGUUACAUAAGCCGUAGAUCUGUUAUUUUUCUGACCCACAUGUUUGUGUGUAAGAAAUAUCUUGUGCUGUACAGGUCGUCUCCAUAUAUUUUGUGGCAUGUUACUUGCAUUUAUAUUGCUUUACUGUAGGUGUUUGUAACAAGUGUUUUGUGCUGUCUUUUGAUAAUAUUUGGUGUAUAUGGAUGUACAGUCUUUUUGAAUGCAGACCUCUGCAGCUCUUUGUAUCUAAAAUUGUGAUAAGAUUUCUUAAAAAUUGGUUUUUAUAUGCACUUGUGUCUAGAAUUGCUUUUGAAUGAUUCUCAACCAAAGCAUUAUAUGGAACAGAAACAAUAUAUUUUUUAAUGGCAUGAGUUGUCUUGAAAGAGUGCACAGUGUACUAAUGUCAUAGCUCAGGUUCAUCUGAAUCAAUUUUAUCCACUAUAAGUGAAUGUAGAAAAAGAAAGGAUUAAGGUGGGGUAUUUGUAGUGUGCUGACAUGUUAAUUUUUCUUGGGCUUCAAGUCUUCUAAAAUUAUGUCAUCCUUUUGUGUACUGGUAGCCCCCUACCUACUUAGCCAUUGGAGGUCCAACCUCCUUUAACUUACUUCUUUUCUGUGCUGAAGGAUCCUGUAGUCCUGUAAGCUAGGAGUGCUGUGUGUAUUUGUAGAUAUUUUUGUGAGAGUUAGUGGAAGUUAUGCUUCUUGAAGGCCAGUAGUGGCCAGCCCAUCUAUCUUCAUGAAUUUAACAAAUUUCAUUACACAGAAUGUGGCAGAAGAUACACAAUGCCAUAAUUUGUCUCUUUUUCUUCUCUUUGCAGAUAUACUUCAGAAAAAUCAAUAUAGCUGUAUGCCACUGUAAAGAUGGUAUUGCUGUAAUUUUAAGAUAGUGACUGUGACUUAAAGCUACUAAAUUACGGUUCACCUAUUCACUUUACUUUGACCAGUGACUUGUCGUAUCACUUCAUUAGCUCCUAAUCAAUGUGCGUUGUUCAUUUCGUAACCCAAUUAACAUGUUGGUUGCGUAAUAUUUUCUUUCUCCCCAUUUAUAACCAUUACAUUACAAAUAGUCUGAAUCACAUGUGCAUUCACUGACCUGUUGUUGUGAUAAGGAAUAUGUUAACUACAAAUUUUCCUACGGUUUGGUUGUAAGAUGGCAAAGCAACGUGGAUUGUAAUACCUGGUUGGUUUAAAAAGUUUGCGUUUAACAAAUAAUGUGUGCUUAUGUGAGAAGAAUCAGCUGCAUUGAAAAAUUAAUAAAAAAAAGAGGUUUUUCCACCAAUGUCAAAUUUGCUAUACUUGAUAAUAUUAGCACAGUUAUGUGAUUAGUCUGGAGCUAUGAUUCUGGGUGGGGGUGAGGGACUACAAACAGUAUUUACAUACAAAAGUAAAAUAAGGUGAAUAGUACACAUUGACCAAUGUAAUGGAAGAUUUUGUCUUAAACAUUUAACCUUGACAGAGUCUGAAACAACUGAGCACAGGCCCCGUUUCUCCUAAAAUAUGUGUAAGGUAUCUUGUAAACAAACUGGUAUUCUAUUCUACUGAGAAGACAAAGCAAAUGCCAUCUUAUGACAAUAAAAAAUGUGUGUUUUAUGAGAUAGAGGUUGAUGAACAUUAGUAAAUUUGCAGUGGAUGAAACCUACAGUAUGAGACACAUGGUGAAGUUGUAGAGUUACACUAAUUUAAGUAGCCAGUACAAAUACAAACAACCUAAUGUUACAAGAAGUAGUUGGAUACCUAGUUACUCUGUAUCCACAAGAUAGUUUGUUGUUUUUGUAAGUGAUUUCUUGUGGGGAUCUAAAUGGGCACUGUAAUAAUUCAUACUAAUCCAUCUGUACACAAAGUUAAACAGAUUGAAACUGGGAAACUUGCUUUGCUGUGCAGUACGCAAUAUUCCUAGUCAAUGCAUCUUUUACUGUACAAUCAGUGACCAAAUUUCAGUUGCAAACUAUACAUUCUACCACUCUUCAUUGGAACAUGAAAUGUGCCAAUGGAUAUAUCUUUUAGAAAUGUUUGCAGAAGGUGAUGUACAUCUAUUCAGUGGCAGUUGUUGGGUGUAUGAUCUGAUGCAGUAACUAAUAAUCUCACACCAUGUGUAACAUGGAAUUUUUUUUUCGUUUAAGUUGCAGAUAGUUUCAUCAGGUUCUGUCAUGUACAUGCUAAUGUAUCAAUAGAUGAUCCCAUCCUACCGAAUUUCUCACCCAGUGCUAUAUAUACUCAUAAAGUGCUAUCACUUUUAUGGCAGUUUGACACACUUCUGGGUAUUAUGUUUAACAACUAAUAACAGGAAAGUCGAAUAAAUGGUCUGUGUCUGCUCCUGGCACAUAGUUACCACUGUAAAACAUUUGUAUGCUUAAUGAAUAUUCAUUGUGUGACUCUAAUUAUUGAAUUGUUGUGUAUUUGUUGCUCAGGAUUUGUGAAUCUAUUCUAAUAAUCACACUGCAGUUGUGUGUUUUUGGUAUAGAGAAAUUUAUGUGAUUUGAAGCCCCAGAAAACUCAAAUGUGAUGUUUGAUGUGAUCCAUAUAAAAGUUUAAGAGGCCACAUUUGGGAUAAAAGAUCUUAGUAAUUAUACAUAUUAUAUACAUGUAAGUUUAUAAAUGUGCAACUUAGAAGUACAAAGUAUUUUUUGGUAAGUUGUUUAUAAAAUUAUAGGAUAUAGAUGCAGUGGUAAUCUUUCUGAACCUGAAGUGCUUUUUUGUAAUCAUCCUGUCCACGUCUAAUUUAAAUCUAGAGCAAAAAUACGCAGAAAAUUUUUGUAUGUCCUCUGACGCUAGGUUGAAAGUGUGUGAAAGCUAGGAAAAAAUGUUUUGUAUGUCCUGUGACGCUAGGUUGAAAGUGUGUGAAAGCUAGGAAAAAAUGUCUGUUCCUUAUUGAAUCUCAGAGCAUUUGGUCUUGCACUUCUCUCAGGUGCUGUAGCAUUUAGAUUCAGAUAAAACUGAUGGAGAACUUUGUGAUGCAAGCAGCAUUGUGGAACUUUUAAGAAGUGAUAACACAUUUUACUGAUUGUAAGAAAUUUGCAUGUAAAUAUUGUAAUCAUAUAGAUUAUGUGUACCUGAUUGGAAGAUAUGACAUUAUAUUGUAAAUUUGCCAUUAACUGCUAAAAUUUGUAUGGUUCUACUAUUCUAAAAUUAGGCUUUAAUCAAAGAAAACAUGUUUACAGUGUUUGUCUGGAAAGUAAUGCUGUUCUUUUCUUUGUUUUAUUAUUUAUUGAUCAGAUAGGUUCAACAACUUGAAAUUCUUUGAAGUGUGACCCUUCAGCAUCAAUACAUUGUUGUGUAUUUGUUGCUCAGGAUUUGUGUAACCUUUCUAAUGAUCACACUGCAGUUAUGUGUCCCAUUUCAGCUGAGGAAACAAAAGAAAGUCCACUGAGGUCAGGUCUGGACUGCAGGGUGACUGCAGCAUCAUUUUCACACCAAUCUAGGUCAGGUAGGCCUGACAACAAAAGGCGGUGUGAGUGAGAGUAUUGCUGUGUGGCAGUUUCCACACGAAGUGCACAACUUCUUUCAGCUGCAGGUGACCCUCUGAUUCAGUCUCUGGAACCUCCCUUGUGAAAUUGAGUGCUGACAGUAAAAAAGCAUGAACUUCAUCCGGGACUUACUCAUGUGAGCCUUCUUUUGGUGUUGCAACGAUGCCAUGUGCCAUUCUGCACACGACCUCUUUGACUCCAGAACAUACUAAAAGACCCAUGGCUCAUCCCCAUUAUCACAUUGCCCAAGAAGUUGGGAUCAUCUUCACAGAGUUGCUAGAGUUCUUCACACACUUCCACUUAGUGUUGCUUUUGCACAUCGGUCAAAACUCUCACAAGUUUUGCUCAAAUCUUCCACAUAGCCAAGUCGUUCAAUACAAUCUGAUCAUGACUGUUUUCUGCGACUCCAGUAAUUCCGACAUCAAGCAAUCACUUAUUCAUCAGUCUGAAUUCAUUUACUGGUGCACUCAAGUCACAUAAUUAUCAGUUCGCGAUGUGGACGGGCAUACUUUCAGGCCUUGUUGGCAACCCUCUUGUGCUACCUGUUAGACUUCGAUGUGGAAAGGCAAUCUUCCCCUAUAGCUUCCUUAAGCAUUCCAAAAGCUUCCAGUGACAUCUUGUUGAGCCUCAUGUGAAACUCAAGUGCGUAAUAUUUCUCUAGAUUUUCUCCAUUGUAAGUUUGAUGCAACUACUACAUGAGGUUCAUGGAAGAAGCUGUCCUACCUAUCCAAGAGCAUGAAGGUGAUUGAGUGAACUACUGCUGGAAAGCAAAGGGUCAUCCUCACUCUCCCCAAAAGGUUCAGCCACUCUGUGACAGUCGCAUCACGAAAAAAAGUGACACAUUACUUUUCAGACACACCAUGUAAGUAUGCUAUUUGACCUAAACAGCAUUUCCAGGAAAUAUAGCAAAUAGUAAGAGGAAUAGUUAAAGAUUUUUUGAAGGAGAUAAGAUAAAAAUAAAAGUACAAAUGUAAUGAGAGGCACAAGGUUUCCACUCAAAACAGUUAGUGUGUGUGUGUGUGUGUGUGUGUGUGUGUGUGUGUGUGUGUGUGUUUUGGCAUCAAAUAAGUCCUCUUCCAUUUAUGAUGGGUAUAUUUUCAGUUGAACACACACAACGAUGAACAGUAUUAGUUCUGUCUUAAAAAUUAAAAUUUCAAGACUCUGUGUAGCCUGUAAAUGUGUACCUUUCAUAUUUUUUAUGGAAGGGCCUUUAAAAAUUUUUAAGAUAGAGAAGGAAGAUGAUAUGAUUCUGAUACUGUCUAACAGACUUAAAUUCUUUGUGCCAGUGCUAUGCCCCCUCUCUGUUGUAAGACUUGUUAUUGGCACUUAUAGAACAUCAUGGAUUCUGUUUUGUGGUAGUUUCUCCAAAUCAUUCUCAUAAUGUCCCAUCCCUAAAUUCUUUUUAUUUAUCUUAGUAUGAAAUGUUCAUAAAUUUCCUGCCUUUUGUGGGAGCAAACCAUAACUAUCUUAACAAGAUAUUGCCCUUUGUGCUGCUCUAAUUUUUCCCAGUUCUUUACUCUAGAGAGUAAUGCAUUGUUUCCAUUCCAAUGGUGAAUGAGUGUUUAUAAAAACCAAGGAGAAAAUAGCUGGUAAAAAACUGUGAUUAAUGUGAUAAUCAGGACAUUAAAUAGUCCUUUUCUGCUAGUCCUGCCCUAUUGAAUUAGAGACAGAAACUUUUUAUAAGCAGGCACACUUUUUUAUUUGUAUAUGCCUGUUGUAGUUCUCCAUUGGUCACAGUGAAUUAUAUUGUAAAGUGGCACACAAUGAGAUGGGCAACAAAGAGAUGCACUGUCAGUUGGGAUUUUAAGUGCCUAUACUUAUAAUUCUCGUUGCAUCAUUUUUUAUAAUUCUCAUUUGUUUACAAUUGUGAAGGUAAAGUAAUAUGUUGGGAACAGUUCUGAGAGAGAGUUUCUCAUGUGGUGACUGUAUAUGUUACUAGAUUGAUAAUGCUGCUUGUGCUGUAUGUCUGUCGUAUUGUUUGUUUGGCCUAUUUCUGUGAGUUAAAUAGUUUGUAGACGAAUUUUGCUAAUUUGAGGCAUUGUGAAUCUCUUACUCAUACAAUAUUUUAUACAGAAAGGUGUAUUAAAUUGUAAAUCCAUUUCAGACACUUUGUUGAAACAUUUACAAUUAUCAAUCUGCAUUUCAAUAACAGAAAUAUCUUUUUUAAUACUGUAUUAAUAAUUGAUACUCUAGUAUUACUGGAAGCAGUAAAACAAGGCUUCCUGCUCAUGGAAUGUUGACAAAUUUGAAAUAAAGUUUAUCUUUUAUUAA